ACACGGAGUGCUCGAAGGGGGGUCGCUUUCACGCAUCGGGUUUUCGGGGAUGUUUUGGUAGUUGUCUUCUUUAGGGGGCGUGUGUUAGCUUCACGCUAGCUACUUCCUGCAUGGUAGCCGGACGUGGCUAGUUGGAGAAGCUAACUGUUUACCAGUUUGUCUCUUGAGUUGGUUGAAUUAUUCAUGACGACACUCUGCGAUUGGUGGAGUGAGCGCCAAGGGCGGGCUUUGAGAGAGGGGGAGGGGGAGUAUAAACAGGCCUGUUUAUGUGUGUGUGGAUAAUAUUGGCAACAACACACACACACACACACUGAGAGGUGGACGACAAGUGGACUGCACGACAGAAUCAUUGUGAUUGGUCGGUCUUUUCCAAGGUGGAGGAUGAUCAGGAUGUCAUUGGACAAAGACACUGUCCUCCCUCACAAGGUCAGCCCCAUCUUCCCCACCACCAUCAGCCUAUCAGAGCAGCCACAGCUGGAUAAGCCCCGCCCAAUCCAUCCUAAUAACGGACUUCAGCCCCGACUCGCUGCGUCCGCUCCCCCCACACAGCGAAUCACAAAGAGACGAUAUUCCAUGGGCGUUGGCUUCAAGGGGCUGGCCAAGCGGCGUCGCCGUACCAACAGUGACAGCCAAUCAGAGCCUGUUCUGCCAAGUCAUUUCCUGUUGGGUGGGAACAUCUUUGACCCACUGAACCUCAACUCGCUCUUGGAUGAAGAUGUCAGCAAGGCAACCAAUCAGGAGACACCAAAGUGCUCACCCCUGCCAUCACGAGGCGGAGAUCCUGUAGAGAUCCUGGUUCCCCGUGACAUCACAGACCCCCUGAACCUGAAGGGAGGAGGUGAGGACGGGAAAGGAGAAGGUGGACUCCUGCUGUCCCCCUUGAAGUCCAGGAGGCGACACAGGAACAGACAGCAUGGAGGCGGCGCAGCAGGAGGAGAGAAGGCGGUGAUACCAGCUCGACUGUUUCUCUCCUCCGCGGGACUGACAGCAGUUCCUCUGCUGACCACAGAGGGCAGUGUUUCAGCAUCUCCGCUCCCCUGUGAACUCAACACGGCCAUCACCUGUCGAGAUGAUGUAGCACCGCCCCCCAUCCUCCCUAGGAGACACACCCAUCCUCCACCAGGCCACACCCACAAACCCGGUAACCAGCGUGAUGGUCACCAACGUCGCCGCACCACCUCAACAACCGUGACAACCACGGCUCAGCCAACCAAAUUCCAGACACCGCUGGUGGGAGGGACAAAAGCUGGCAGGUGUGGAGGACUGCAUCCUGUCUCGACUCCACCAGAGAAGAAGGACAAGCACCGCUAUCAGUAUGGCAACCACAGCUGUUACUAUAACUACCAUGGUUUCUAUGGAGAUGGGUGGGAGGGCCGGGUUGGAGCAGAGGAGGACCCAAGGCUCCGCCUCCUGGAAGCUGAUUGGUUCAGAGACAAAAAGGUGCUGGAUGUGGGCUGUGGCACUGGUCACAUGACGCUAAUCAUUGCACGGAGGUUUGACCCCACUCAUAUCCUGGGGGUGGAGCUGGAUGAGCGAUUGGUCCAUGCUGCCAAGCAGAAUGUCAGGCACUUCCUGUCACAUGACCUAGUGGUGGAAGAGAGGAGGGGGAAUGGGGGAGGAAUGUCAGCUAAGUCAUUGUCCUCUUCUCCAAGGAGGAGGAAAGGAGGGGGAGGAGAGAGGGAGGAGGGGGAGAGUGAGAAAGACCAAGAGAAGAUGGGAGGGGAGGAGCAUAAAGGAAAGGAGGAGAGGAAGGAGCAGGAGGAGGAUGUUGAGGAGGUGAUGGAGGAGUUCCAGCAGGCUCUGUCUCGCCUCUCCUUCCCCCUUUCGUUUCGGGUCAGUCGAGGUCCUCUCUCUGCUCCUCCCCUCCUCCGCCCCCCAUCAACGUCAUUUUCCAGGUUCCCCAACAACAUCACCUUCAUACAGGGUGACUUUGCUUCAGAGCAGGAGGCGUGGCCUGGGCAAGGUCAGUAUGAUGUCAUCAUGUGCCUGGGUGUGACCAAGUGGGUGCAGCUUCAGUCAGGUGACACAGGUGUGGUCAGACUGUUCCGACGGGCCUAUCAGAGCCUGUUGCCGGGCGGAUUAUUCAUCCUGGAGCCACAACUGUGGAGCAGCUACAGCCGCAGCAAGAGGGCCUCGGAGACGACAUAUCGUCACUACCGGACUGUGAGACUGAGACCUGAGCAGUUCACCUGCUACCUGACUGACACCGUGGGCUUCACCUCAUACAGGCUGCUCACACACACAGGUAACCAUCGACCAGUCUAUCUCUUCCACAAAGGCUCCGCCCAGAGGAAGUGAGGUCACCGAUGCAUCACAGGAAGUCACCCUCCUGUCAACAGGGCUGGACUGUGGACCGAGAAGAAUAAAUGAAUCUGAUUGGACAGCAUGGUUUCUGUGAAUGUGACUGGUUGAUACAGCCAAAGCAAAGGAUUGUGGGUGAUCUCCCCAUCUCAUGUGACUUCUUGUCCUGAACUCUGGACACUGACAGGAAGUGGCACGUCUGGGCAGGUCGUUCGUUUCAAAAUUAUAUUUUAUUGUUUUGGUUUUUUUGUGAAAAUAAAGCAGAUCGAUUGAUUAAAGCUGCA